CUCAGAUCACUUCCUUUAAAUCUUGUGAGACUUCUCUCUCAGAAGACUUCUACAAAUUUUGCAGAAACAUAGUUGUACAUCUCAAACUGACGGUAUAGAAGAAUAAAUUGAAAUCAAAGAAUAAAAGCUGGAAUACCAUUUCUAAUGUACUGCUGUCUUAUUCUUGAUACAAAUAUGAAACAAAUGAUUACUCCUACAAACAGAAGAGUAUAAUGAUUUGUUUUACCAUUUCACAUACUCUUAUAACAUACCAUUGCAAUAGUAAAUAGUGAAUUAUGAAUGUAUGUAACUGGUCUGAUUAAGAGCUUAAUGUUGCCUACAAGAACACACUCUGAUGCACAGAAUAAUGCAAGCUCUGUGAAAAGGAAACAGACCUUUAAAACAGAAAAACAGCUAAGGCCAGGAACUGCAGUUCUUGUGAAAAGCUCAGCAACAGCUAAUAAAUCUCUCAUUCAUUCCAACAUACCUAUUAUACCACCAAAAAGAAGCAACAUGAGAAUAUGUUUUAUUUGUGGAAAGGAAUUUGGCACAAAGUCAAUUAGUAUACAUGAACCAAAAUGCCUUGAAAAAUGGCAAAUGGAGAAUGAGAAAUUACCUAAACAUAUGAAAAGACCAGUGCCACAGAAGCCUGCAGAACUUACUGCUGCAGGCACAAGUGGUGUAGAUGAAAUGAAUAAGGCUGCAUGGCAGAGUUCACAGGCUCUUCUUAUAACAUGUGAAAACUGUGGAAGAACCUUUCUUCCUGAUCGUCUCCCUAUACACCAGAAGAGUUGCAAACCAAAACCUGGUACUUCUCAAACUAUACAGUCAAAACCUCUACAGCCAGGCCAGAUCUCACAUUCAGGAUCUCUCUCUUCUGGUUCUAUUUUACCUGCAGGUACUUCUGAGUUUCUAGAGACCUCUCAGAAAUCACCAAGUAAAACAAGAACCUUGAUCUGUUAUAUUUGUGGAAGAGAAUUUGGCACAAAAUCUCUCCCAUUUCAUGAGCCGAAGUGUCUUGAAAAAUGGAAAAUUGAAAAUGAAAAAUUACCGAAAGAAAUGCGUAGGCCACCUCCACAAAAGCCGAUUCAGAUGGGGAAAGGAAACAAGGAGGAGCAGAAUGAAGCUGCUUGGCAAAGUUUUAAAGCCCAGCUACUACCAUGCACAAACUGUGGCCGCACCUUUGCUCCAGAUCGCCUAACAGUUCACCAGAAAGCAUGCAAAAGUAAAACUGCUUCAGCAAGUCUUAAGACAGUCUCAUUUGCUAAUGGGGUUAGCAGCCAAAGCAAUUUUUCCACUACAUCUUUUCCAGAGAAGGCACCCUCAGCUCAGCUAUCUGAAAAGCCACCUGUAGUGCAUCGCCCAAGAACUAUUAUCUGCUACAUUUGUGGACGUGAAUUUGGCAGUAAAUCUAUAAGUAUCCAUGAACCUCAAUGUCUGAAAAAAUGGCAUCUUGAGAAUGAAAAACUACCAAAGGAUAUGAAAAGAACAGAGCCCAAGAAACCUGAGAUUAGAGCUAUUGCAGCCACAGGUUCUUACGAUCUUGAAGCUUUAAACAAAGCUUCCUGGCAAAGUGCCCAGGCUCAACUGGUGCCGUGUGACAUUUGUGGACGUACUUUCCUGCCAGACAGGCUGAUUGUGCAUCAACGAUCUUGCAAACCAAAACAUCCAGAGUAAUGGUCCAGUUUUAAGAACAGCACUCAGGAGCAGCCCACCGGUCAGAGUUCUUGACAUUAAAUGAACUUAUCAGUGACAGAAUCCAAAAGCACAAUACAUUAUGCUCUGUCCUGUAAACAACAUAUAUCAAGCUGGAGUAGAUGUAUAUAUAGCUAGUUAACCAUGAAUCAAAGGACAAAAAUGCAUUUCAAAUCAUCAGAACACUUUCUGGGACGUCUGGCAUGUUGAUAUGCAAGCUACCAGUUUUCUGUUUCCUGUCAAAGAAUUGUGAUGAAUUAGUUGUUUAAUUAUUUUACAUAUUAUCAGUGAGGAAGAAUUUUGCUUUUGUGAUUUAGAUUCAGGUUUAGGCCAGAGAUUUAGUCUUUUGUUGAAUGUUAUCACUAAUGAAUUACCCUAGUCACAUAUCUGGUCCUCAGAAGUUAUCAUCACUAUCUUAAAACAGGAAAUUCUUUCUUAAUCUCCAGUGCCUUUGUGGGUAUAAGUUGUAAGUUAUUCAUGAGUUUAAGUAGUUGAAAAAUGCUUUAAACUGAUAAUCAGCUGUUAGAAUGCAUACCUUUUAAGUAUUUACAUUUGAGGCAAUUUAAAUGUUUAAGCAAACUCUCACUACUUCAAAGAAUUGAUAGGAAUUGAUACCAGUUUUCAUGACAAAAGUAUUAAAGUUUUUUAGACAAUGUUUGAAAUGUUAUUUUUACUGGAGCAACAGAGAGUAGCACAAGUUCUAGGAAACAUGUAUUUUAUAAUGUAGCUCUUACAAAUCUUUAGGGCAGAGCUCUAUGCAUUUAUUAAUGGUACUCAUGGAACCUGCCACAUAUAGGUGCCACAUUGUUACUGUCCUCUGCAGUCACUGAAUUAUUCAUUUUUGCAGUGUCUAGUCUCUGUAUGCUAUCUUUUGUGGACAUUCUGUGUGCAGUCACUGUGUUAGUAAUGUCUUCGACAUGCAGUCAGUAUACAGAUGUCUUUUGCAAAACAUCCUCCACACUCGAACUACAUACUGCAUGCAGUCACUGCAAUAAUAUUACUAAUAUCUGCUGCACAUAGUCACUAUACUAGUGCUAUCUAUAGUAUGUGGUCAGUGUAUGGUUAGUACAUAUUGUUCACAGAGUUUUGUUAGUAUAUGUCACAGUCAUUACAUUCCCGGUAACUAUUGUAUGCAGUCAGUGUACUAUAUGCUGCAUGAAGUCACUGUACAGUUAAUUACUACAGUGCAUAGUCAUUGUAUGUAUAAUAUAUAUUUGCUUCAAACAGUCAUUAUACCAUUUUAUCUUUGUUGGCACACAUUUUUCUGUGUGAUUGCACUAUGCCAUCACUGCUGUAAAAUACCUGCAGUAAGUAAUCACUGUAUUAUUAAUAUCUGCAUCAGGCAUAUACUACUAUAUAUAAGCAAUCAAUAUAUUUCAUAGGUACUGCAUCCGGUAUCUGUAAAACUGGGAUAUGCAGCAUACAGCCACUGUAAUGUUAUUGCCUACCUGCUCCAGUGAGAAUGGUAAAGAACUGUUUAAAGGGAGGGAACCUGAGGUUAAUGGGAAGGAGCUGGAAUCAGAGUACUUGUGGAUGGCUACUGGAGCUCUUCAAUGGUUUGUGCUGUGGCCCAUCGUGUUCAGUGUUCUUAUAUCAGGCACUGUGAAGAGAAUAAGAAGUAAAAACAACUUAUUCCCAGACAGUAUUGAAAGAAGAGCAAUAGUAGCUGACUGAGGCUAAGAUAAGCUAAUGAAAAUUUUUAGAAAAUUAGACAUGUGUGCCAGAAAAGGUACUUUGUAUUAAUUACCAAGGAAUGCAUAAUGAUAUUCUUGGGAAGCAACAAUUGCAGGGUGAAGAAUUUCAUUGGAGAGUUGGUACUACAAAGCUCAGAAAUGGAAGAGUUUGUGUAUGAUUACAUGGAGCUUUUCUCCCCAGGCCUCCGCUGAAAAAGGACCUGUGUCCAGUCAGAGUUUCCUGGUCAACAAAUAUAAAUAAAUUAGAUAAAACACUAGGAGAAAAGUAAUAAGGGUGUGGUAGACUCAUUAGAAUCCUAAGGUCAUUAUACAGAGCACCAGUGCAGUUUCAUCUAGAAUAUUGUAUGGGUCUGGAAACCUUAUAGGGAAAAAGUAGUAGGCAUGGUCGAAAGGAUCCAGUGAGGAGCCCCUAAGGUCAAAUACAGAAUAGAGGGACAGACUAGUGUAGAAGAGGAUGUACAUAGUGAAAGAAAGAUGGAAGAAAGAAGUAUAAUAAGACAGAGAAAAGGCAAGAGCACAGAAGCUAAGGUGAAAGAAAGUGGCUAAAGAAGAAGGUAUGGAUGGAUCAUGGAAGGAGCCAAAUCUGGAACAAUCACAAAUAAAGACUACUUCAUUUAGAGAGUUGGUAGCACAGUGUAGGUCUCCGCAGAGGCUAUAAACCUUAAACUUAUAGGUGAGUUUAAGAAAACAAAGGAGAAAGACAAGAGGAAUGGGAAAGGCAGGACCAGGGACAAAUGAAUCCAUUAAUCUAGCUAUAGCACUUUAACAAACAUGAUUCAGCCUUAUUAUUUGGUUAUUGGUUUGUUUUCCUAUGUUUAUCUGUUAAUACUGGUAUUGCAUACAGUGACUGUAAAUCUGGUAAUUGCUGCUUACAUUCAGUACAAUAAGAGCAACUGUUUCAAACAGUCACUGUAAUGUUAGCAUCUGCUGUAUGCAUCACUGUACAAUUAGUAUCUGCUACACAAAUUCACAAUAAAACUACUAUCUGA